GGGAGAGGCGGAAACGGGCCCUGCCGCUCCUCCCGUGACGACAUCAGGGCGCGCCGAGCGUCGUCUUGGCGCCCGCGGAGAUGGCGGCGCGCGUCAAGCGGGAGCCUCGCAGCCCCCAGCCGUGGCCGGGCUGCCCGUCGGGCGCGCCUCGCGGAGCGGUGGGCUGGGCGCGGGUGAAGCGGGAGCCCUCCGAGGAGGUCGCCGUCAAGCAGGAGCCCGACGAUCCGGAGGAGGAAGAGGAGGAGGACGGCGGCGGCGACGCGGAGCCCACAGUAAAGUAUGGUCGAUUUGAUCCAGAAGAUCGCCGGAGCCGCCAUUGUCCCUACCUGGACACCAUAAACAAGAGCGUCCUGGAUUUUGACUUUGAGAAGCUGUGUUCGAUCUCACUCUCGCAUAUCAAUGUCUAUGCUUGUUUGGUGUGUGGGAAAUAUUUCCAGGGUCGUGGCUUGAAGUCCCAUGCUUACAUUCACAGUGUCCAGUUCAGUCAUCAUGUGUUCCUCAACCUUCACACCUUGAAGUUUUAUUGCCUGCCUGACAACUAUGAGAUCAUUGACUCUUCUCUUGAGGAUAUCACUUAUGUACUGAAGCCAACCUUCGCCAAGCAGCACAUCACCAAUUUGGACAGGCAGGCCAAGCUCUCCCGUGCCUACGAUGGCACCACGUACCUGCCGGGCAUUGUGGGGUUGAAUAACAUCAAAGCCAACGACUAUGCCAAUGCAGUUCUCCAGGCGUUGUCAAAUGUCCCGCCCCUGCGGAAUUACUUUCUGGAGGAAGAGAAUUACAAAAAUAUUAAGCGUCCUCCAGGGGAUAUCAUGUUUCUGCUGGUUCAGAGGUUUGGAGAGCUGAUGCGGAAGCUGUGGAACCCCCGGAACUUCAAAGCUCACGUCUCUCCCCAUGAGAUGCUGCAAGCUGUGGUUCUGUGCAGUAAGAAGAACUUCCAGAUCACCAAGCAGGGUGAUGGAGUUGACUUCCUUUCCUGGUUCCUGAAUGCCUUGCACUCCGCUCUUGGGGGCACAAAGAAGAAGAAAAAGACCAUAGUAACAGAUGUCUUUCAAGGCUCCAUGCGGAUAUUCACCAAGAAAUUACCACACCCUGAUCUGCCGGCAGAAGAAAAGGAGCAGCUGCUCCAGAAUGAUGAGUAUCAAGAAAAAAUGGUGGAGUCCACUUUCAUGUACCUGACCCUGGAUCUCCCCACCGCCCCCCUCUACAAGGAUGAGAAGGAACAGCUCAUCAUCCCACAAGUUCCGCUUUUCAACAUACUCGCCAAGUUUAAUGGGAUCAUGGAAAAGGAAUAUAAGACCUACAAAGAGAACUUCCUGAAGCGCUUCCAGCUCACCAAGCUGCCUCCUUACCUUAUUUUCUGCAUCAAGAGAUUCACCAAGAACAACUUCUUUGUGGAAAAGAAUCCCACCAUUGUCAACUUCCCCAUCACGAACGUAGAUCUCCGGGAAUACCUCUCUGAGGAAGUGCAGGCAGUGCACAAGAACACCAUCUAUGACCUCAUCGCAAACAUCGUGCAUGAUGGGAAACCUACUGAAGGGGCCUACCGGAUCCAUGUGUUGCAUCACGGCACAGGCAAGUGGUAUGAGCUGCAGGACUUGCAGGUGACCGAUAUUCUCCCCCAGAUGAUCACGCUGUCUGAGGCUUACAUCCAGAUCUGGAAAAGGAGAGAUAGUCAAGAAGAGAGCCACCCACAAGGAACGUGAAGGAGGAACUGUGUGCGGAACAGGCCCGGCUAGAGACUGGAGCAUUGCUGCAGAGACCGGUUGUUGCCCGGGUCGUUUGGAGAAGCCUCUCCUUGCCUUCAGUUUUCUUUCUGCAUCUGGAGAGGUCCUUGCUGGCACUUUGGUCCUGAUGCAACUUCAGCAAGCGGCUCGUCUGGGUACCAGAAGUACAACCCUGUUUCAUCCUCCAUUUGGAGAAGGUCUUGCAGGGAGACGGGCGCUUCUGCUCCUCUUUGUGCAUUAAACAUGCAUGCUGGUUUUUUCUCCCCCCAAUCCUGCUGUUUUCCUGCUACACUUCCCUCCCUGCCCCUAGGGAAGGCGUGAUUCAAACAAGGCAUCCCAUCCACAGAGGGUUUAGGUUACACACGUUUAUAUUGUUUAGAUGCUGCUUUUGGUUAUAUGGGAACAAAUUCUUUGGAGAUACGCAGAAACUGGGGAAAAAAUCUAACCAGCAACGUAAUUUAACCAUCUAACAAGAGCUUCUUCACCAGGGGAGGAAGGCCUCCUGGGGGUGAUCCAAUUGUAAAACCGGACCCCUCAGCCUACACUCCAAUUGGAAGACCCACACUGGUUGCUUGUUAUUCUCUGGGCACAAUUUAGGGGGAUUGUUGAUGUUUCCUCUCCUGAAUGAUUACCUGAAGGAUUGUGUAACUCGAGGAUGCCUGAAUAGGGAGGUCAGUGGGGGAGAUCAUAUAAGAUGCCAGCAUGUCUAAAGUUGAUUUGACCAGCCCUUGGGACAAGGAGAUGGCUAUAAAUCAAAUAAAUGAUGUUUAAUCACUUUCUGCUGCUUUCUCAGGAAAUGGGUGGGAGAUGAGCAGAUGCAGAGUUCUAGCCUUACACUGGCGCAUCUCUGAGACAAAUUCAUAUUUUUAUUACCAAUAAAUGAGGGCUCUACUGUU